AUCCCUUCACCUAUCUGAGGAACCUGUCUGGUGCUCCUUCCUCAUUUUCAAGGCAAUUUAUCCAUUUGACCUGCCGGACUUGCUCCAGUGUGCUUCUUUGAAGAAGAAGGGAGAUAAAGAUGGCUCAAGUUCCUGAGGAUGCUCCCCUGGCCAGUGGGAGUCUGGCAGGCAGUGAGGAGGCCCUUGUUACCCGUGCAGCACCCAGAGGGGGCUCCAACAGCCGUGCUUUGAAGGUGGCAGGCCUGACUACCCUGGCAUGCCUGCUGCUGGCCAGCCAGGUCUUCACUGCUUACAUGGUGUUCAACCAGAAGCAGCAGAUCCACUCUCUUCAGAAGAACUCAGAGAAAUUGGGCAAACAGCUGACCCGCUCAUCCAAGGCUGUGGCUCCAAUGAGGAUGCACAUGCCCAUGAGCAGCCUGCCUCUGCUGAGGGAUUUCGAUGCAGAUGAUGCUUCUACGUCAAGCAAGACACCUCUGACAAAACUGCAGGACAUUGCUGUUGUCAGCGUGGAGAAACAGCUGAAGGAUCUCUUGCAGGACUCCCAGCUGCCACAGUUCAACGAGACCUUCCAGGCCAACCUGCUGGGCCUGAAGCAGCAGAUGAAUGAGAGCGACUGGAAUAGCUUCGAGACCUGGUUGCGUUACUGGCUGAUCUUCCAGAUGGCCCAGCAGAAGCCUGUAACCCCCACAUCUGCACCAGCCUCUGUGAUCCAGACCAAAUGCCAGAUGGAGGCAGCACCUGGAGCUGGCAAGAUCGGUUCCUACAAGCCCCAGUGUGACGAGCAGGGCCGCUACCUGCCCAUGCAGUGCUGGUACCCCACCGGCUUCUGCUGGUGUGUAGACGAGACCGGCAAAGUCAUCGAGGGAACCAGCAUGCGCGGCCGCCCCGACUGUCAGGGAGCUCCUCGUCGGAUGAUGGCCGCACCCAGGCUCAUGCAGAAGGCCAUCAGCCUUGAUGAUCAGUGAAGUGAACGCAACAAAAUCUGAAGCACGGUGUUUCUUUUCAUCAAGCAAUCUUAGCAGAAAUGAGAAAUCGGUUAUUUUAAGCUGGACACAUACAGUUCAAACAGUAGUGGUUUCUGUGCCUGAUCAUUUUUUCUUCCUUGCAACCUUUUGAUUUUAAAUAGUUUGCUGGCUGCUUGAAAUCUAAUCAACAGAGGCCUGUUACAGUGUGCUGCUUUUAAUUUUUGUCUAUUGAAACAGGCUUAUUUUGGGGUGUUUUCAUCAACAUUUUCAACAAGAUAUUCCUAUACUCUGUAUUGUAUUAAAGUGUUUAAGGGUCAGUUCACUCAAAUUACAAAAAAAAAAAAAAAAAAAAAAACAUUUUCUCCAUCACCUCUAAUAGCAUCUAGACAUGGAAGGAGUUCUGGUUUUACUGGCUCAGGUUUUAAGAAGUCAUCUCUCACAUAUCUGCUUCUACCCCUAGCACAAUGUAGGUGAACGGAAGUUUGUUUGUGGUGCAUGCAGUUCUGCAAAAGUGCAUUUAAAAACUGUAAACAGCCAAGACUCUUCAGAAACAAUGUCCCCUGUUGUUCUGAUAAUCCACAGACCUCACAUGGAACAGUUUUCAUUGGCACUAUUAUGAAUAAAAGUAGUUCCAAUAAAAACUGUCCACAGUGUGUUCUGUGGAUCAUUCAGAGCAAUGGACGACACUGUUCCUUGAAAGAGUCAUUGCUGUUUAAUUUUUUUGUUAAUGUUUCUUUUUCAAAGCUGUGAGCUCCACAAACAAAAACCUAGCUAAAUGAAACCAAAACUCUCAGCAUGGCUAGACACCAUGAGAGUUGAAUGAGUUUCUUUUUUCUUUUUUCUUUUUUUUUUGAGUGUGUGUAAUUUGAGGAAACUGACCCUGUAUGUGCGCGUAUGAGAAAGUGACUUUUCCAUGAAGGUCCUUGUGUUAAGAAGGCUAAAUAAAGUUUUCCUAACAACCCUGUUUGCAUUGUUAUACAUAUAUGAUACUCAAAUCAUGACUGUUCAAGCUAUAGGCUAAACAAGGCCUGAAUAAAAUUUAAGCUGGUUAGAUGCAUUGA